GGGUAUUAUUUGUGAGAUAUAAAAUAUUCUAAAAUUGCACAUAAUAAUUAACGGGGUAGUAUAUUUUUAGCUUGAAAUAGCUCAAAUGAAGAAAAAAUAAAAAAUAAAAAAACCGAAUUUCCAGUAUACCCCUGAUACUAACCUAAAAUUCCAAAACAAAAAAGCCUUAAACCCUUCUCUUCCUUCCUUCGCAAAACUUGAUUCAUUGUUUUUGAGGUUAUAUGUAAUUGAUUUCUCCAUCUCAUUCAUUCUUUUUAGGGUUUAAAUUUGAUUUUUGCGUCAACAGUUUGAUUGAAUUUGCAAGAUGAAAAUGCGGGAAAAUAAGGGAGGUGUCAAAGCAGAAACCGCAACCUCUUCCAGAAGUGGUUUGGAAUUAAAUGGCAAACCAUUGGAUUUUCGCUCUAUUAUGAAUGAAGUUGAACUUCUUGGAUCCUCUGAUAUGACAUGGAAAGAGAGGAAGGAUUUGCAGAAUAAGAAGGUUGUUUCAUUGGGUGGAAAGGCUCCCAAGACACAGAGACUACCACUAAGUGUAGCACGGCCAAUGAUGAAGAAUCAAAAGAAAAAAGAAGAGAAGAUGUUGCAACAGGAGUUACUCCUCGGACAUUGUGGGGAAAGCCUUAUCAAAAGGACCAAAAAACCUAAAGAGAAGCGCAGACCUGAAGAUGGAGUGCUGAGAUCAAGUGAAGGACGUUUCCGAAAUGGAAUUCUUGAUGUCAAACAUUUAUUAAAAUCCGCCCCACCUCCAAGGAAUGAUGAUCAUGGUCCUCCUAUGCCUAGCAAAGGGAGGAAAAAGAAGGGUGGCAAAAAGAAAGGUGGUGGUGGGAAAAAGCGCCACUAAGAAGAUUAUUGAGCGGAAAUAAACCUCAAGGGCAAAAGUUAGUAAUGCUUUGUACUAUAGAAGCAGCUAAAGCAUACUCGAAUGAGAAACUGAGAAAAGAUAUCCUCACAUGCUCAGAAAUCUAUGUACACUGUCACACUGAGUAGCAUUAUCAUCGCUUUGCUCAGUAUUUUCAUCUACGACUGUUUCAGAGGUUGUAACUUGUAAGCCAGUGCUGAUCAGAUCAUCAACUCAGUUGUUUAUUGCUCAAUCAUGGCAUCAUGCUUGCUUUCUGUAAGUUGAUGUGUAGGAUUGUGGAUGAUAAUGUCGUGAUUGGAAAUUUUGUCAAACGACACUAUUAACCCCUACAAAAUUGAAUCCCUCCAGUAGUCCAAUUUUGCCUAUUCAAAUCUUGGAGUAUAUGAGGAUUAGCAUAAAUACUCCAUACUAUUUGUGUUUA